AUGAGGAGAAAAGUGUCAAAGGAGAAUUGUUUGGAUACUGCUGACGCAUCUGGAGCGAAAUUGGUGACAAACGCAGAGCUGGAAGAAGCCGGAAAAGAGAUUAUCAAGUUCGAGCAGAAUCUCACCUUUGCAGAAGAAUUAGAAGCCGUUAAGGGAGGUAAAUGCGUCAAGGGGUCAAGUGCACUUGCAAGAUUAGAUCCGAUCUUGACCGAUGGUCUUCUUCGUGUUGGCGGGCGCCUUAGCAGGGCUACCCUAUCAGACGACUCUAAGCAUCAGAUUAUCAUUCCUAAAGAUUCUCAUCUAGCUCGUCUGCUUGUGAACCACUUUCACCAGAAAAGCGGCCAUUCUGGUAGAGAAUAUGUCCUGGCUCUGUUGCGCGAACGUUUCUGGUUGAUUCGUGCCAACUCUACUGUUAGAAGUGUGCUUUCAUCCUGCUUUGAUUGCAAACGACGACAAGGUCCCGUUGGAGAACAAAAGAUGGCAAAUCUGCCUCGGCCUCGAGUUACACCAGAUCAACCCCCCUUCACGUGCGUGGGGAUAGAUUAUUUUGGUCCCUUUCUUGUUCGUCAAAAGAGGAGCAUGGUCAAACGUUAUGGUGCAAUCUUCACUUGUUUGGCACUGCGAGCUGUUCAUCUGGAGGUGUGUCACUCACUGGACACUGACUCUUUUAUUCACGCACUCAGACGUUUUAUCGCUCGUAGAGGUCAAGUUAAAGAAAUUCGCUCCGACAAUGGUUCAAAUUUCGUAGGAGGUGAAAGGGAGCUUCGUGUCAUGAUUGACAGCUGGAAUCAAGCUAAAAUUCAUGACGCCCUUCUGCAGAAAAGCAUCAAAUGGGUUUUUAACCCACCCGGAGCCUCGCAUCAUGGUGGUGUCUGGGAGAGGCUAAUUAGAUCUACACGCAAGGUUCUGGGUGCCCUGGUUAAAGAACAAAGUCUCGAUGAUGAGAGUCUUCAGACCUUGUUGUGUGAAUGUGAGAGCAUUAUCAAUGGAAGACCUCUGACCACAGUUUCUGACGAUCCAAAGGAUUUGGAACCACUAUCACCGAACCACCUUCUCCUGCUUCGCAGCGAGACACCUCUUCCUCCAGGCUUGUUCUUAAAGAGCGACACAUACUCCAGGAGAAGAUGGCGGCAAGUACAAUAUUUGGCUGAUGUUUUCUGGGGUCGCUGGAAGAGAGAAUAUCUCCCUCUGUUGCAAUCACGUCAGAAAUGGUUUCGACCAAAGAAAAACUUUGCCGUGGGGGACACUGUUAUCGUGGUUGACGAAACUUUGCCAAGGAAUGCGUGGGCAAUUGGUCGGAUUACAGAGGUUUUUCCUGACAAAUAUGGAUUUGUCCGCCGUGUCAAGGUUAAAACCAAGACAUCAACUUUGGAGCGCCCUAUCAGUAAACUAUGUCUUCUGGAAUCAAUUGAACAAGUGGAAGGAAAAAUUCAUUGA